AGUAUCCGGAGCAGUGUCACAACAAAAGUUUCGCGCCCACAAAAACCAAAAAGCCCGCAGCAAAAUACUCGAAAAAAAGCAAAUUUUACGCAGACACAAAAAACCCCGAAAAUCUUUUGAAAAUCCCCGAAUUUGCGUGAGACAAAGACAUGGCGAAAGUUCACAUCACUAAUGUCGUUGUCCUGGACAAUCCGAGCAGCUUUUUCAACCCGUUUCAGUUCGAACUGACUUUCGAGUGCAUCGAGGAGCUGAAGGAAGACCUGGAAUGGAAGAUGAUCUACGUCGGAUCUGCCGAAUCGGAGGACUACGAUCAAGUGCUCGACACAAUCUACGUGGGUCCCGUGCCCGAGGGACGCCACAUUUUCGUCUUCCAAGCCGAUCCGCCAGAUGUAACGAAAAUUCCCGAGCAAGAUGCCGUCGGCGUCACUGUCGUUUUGCUCACAUGCUGUUAUCGCGGUCAGGAAUUUGUGCGUGUCGGCUACUUCAUCAAUGUCGACUACUCGGAUCCAGAAUUGCGUGAAAAUCCACCGGCGAAACCGCAAUUCGACAAAAUGACGCGCAACAUUUUGGCAUCGAAACCGCGCGUCACACGCUUCAAAAUCAACUGGGACGACACACCGACAAACGGACUGGAUGGCGAAAUGAUGGCAGCGGAUGGCGGUUCAUGUAGCACCGACAUGUUCCAAAUACCGGAAAAUGCACUGGCACAAGCGACGGCAGAGAUGCAGCAACAAAUGCAAGAAAAUCCACACAUGAUGAUGAUGGCACCCGACGAAGAUGCUCACGCGCUCAUGGAGGAGGAGAAUAGCAUGGCGUUGCCCGGUGUCUCGUGCGCCUCGGCACUCGGCAACGAGAAUUCCAUUUCGAUGGAGUGCUGAACUGAAUUCAACUUGCGUCGUACUUUCUUAUGCGUUCUUCUUGAUUUUUUUGUCGUUUGGAUAGGAAAGUUAACACACACACACACAUCUCGUCGUCGCUCAUUUCUCGUGUAAAUACUAGAUCAUAUUGUCGUCUCUGAUUAGCAGCAACAACAAUUUUAAUUUACUCCUUUUCAUUCUACAAUAAGACAAGAACUAGAUGUUUAGAUUAUUAUAUAAUAUAUGGAAACCAACUACAAAAUAAAUAAUUUUUGAGAAAUUUAAACUA